AUGAGUCAAGAUUGUGGAUUGUCGAAGAUUACAACGAAUAUAUACUACUAUGAUGAACUGAAAGCUAAGAAGAUUAUCACUUAUCCGAUAGGUCAUAUACCUAGAAAGUGUCAAAAUAAGAAUGGACUGGGACUUCCUUUAGGUAUUAUGAAGUUUCAAAAUUCUUUGGUAUCACUUAGUGAUGAGGAGUUCAAAAAAGUUGGUACUACUGACGAAUACGAAGCAGUUGCAAAUGAUCUGUUUAGAAAUCACAAUUAUUAUGUACUGGAAGGUAGUAAAUAUGGAUGCGACUUCAAAAUAUACGACAAAGAUCCAGAUUUUAAUCAUAGCAUUGCAUUAGUCCAUGUUGUAAUGGAACCUUUUGAAGUCUCAGUAGGUGAUAUGAUAUUAUGGCAAAGACUAGCACAUUCAGUAAAUAAGAAAAUGAUGAUUGCCAUGGUUAGUAAGAAAACCAGUUCUUGUAAUAAGGAUGAUUAUAUUAAAUCCAAUAACCUUAAUAAUAAAAGUAAUCACACAAAUUUAAGUGAUGUAGAAUUUAAUAGUAGAAUAGCUGAGGUUAAAAGUGAGAGAAAACUUUACAAACAAAUUAAUAUGAAUAAAAUAUGCCACUCUAAUGGUGAUAUCCAAUUAAUUGUUCCAAAAAAUAUUAACAAUACUGAUGAAAAUGACACAAGUUUGCAAAGUAACCAAAAUGAAUAUAAUGUGAUAGAUAGUCUAGAAUACGUUUGGGAAAUUCGAUAUUUUACAUGUGAAAAUAUUCCUUUGUCUACAUAA